AGCCGCAGACACACAGGUAGAUCCCAAAUGCGCUGCUAAUGCUUCACAGAAACAUGUAACAUAAAAGCAUAGAUAUCAUAUUUCAGAAAACAUACCUGGAUCUGUCAGGUGGUCAGGUAUUUGGAGCUGGUUUAGGAUUCAGAGAGGAGUUGUGAUUUGUGGGGAAGUCCUCCGUUGAAGUCGCUGGAGGUUUUAACGCCAACAUGGAUCACUUGUCUCGCGGUGUGUGUGACUGAGAAGAAGCUGUCAACCUCCGGAAAACUUAGUGAUUUUAAAUAACGGCGGGUGGGCCGGGUGAUGCUGAUGGACCAGGACACUCAGUGGCUGUACCAACUCCUGGCCGAGGUCCAGUUGGAGAAGUUCUACCUGCGCGUCAGAGAUGGCCUCAACAUCACCCGCAGCGAGCACUUCAACUACGUCAAGGAGUCGGACCUGGAGCAGAUAGGAAUCAGCAAACCUGCACAAAGAAGAUUAUGGGAAGCUCUGAAACGCUACAAGACAAAUUCACGAGGACGACCAUGGAUGCCAAAGGUGUCAGGCGGUCGAGGUCCGGAUGGAGGGGAGCAGCUGAGCGGGGGCGCCGUGGCUCAAGCUCAGGAUGGUGUUAGCCGCGCUCUUCCAUGUCUGAUCCAGGACAGUGAGCUGGUUCUGGGAGAGAAGCUGGGCUCCGGGUCCUUCGGGGUGGUGAAGAAAGGAGAAUGGCACACAUCCACUGGGAAAGUGUUGCCUGUAGCAGUAAAGUCACUGAGGAGCAGCAUGUCGAAGCAGACGGACACACUGAAGGACUUCCUCCAAGAGGUGACCACCAUGCAGUCACUGGACCACCCCAACAUCAUCCGACUUUACGGUGUGGUGCUCACACAGCCCCUCAAGAUGGUGACAGAGCUUGCUGCCUUGGGCUCGUUAUACGACACUCUGCGCGGACGUCAGUUUGAGUACCCUCUGCUCCGCCUGUGGCUCUUUGCUACCCAGAUCACGUCUGGUAUGGACUACCUGGAGACCAGGAGGUUCAUCCACAGGGACCUGGCUGCGAGAAACGUCUUGCUCGCAUCCAGGGAGAUGGUGAAGAUCGGGGACUUUGGCCUGAUGAGAGGCCUGAGCCAUGAGGAGGACCACUAUGUGAUGUCAGCACACAGAAGGAUCCCGUUUGCAUGGUGUGCUCCAGAGAGUCUUCGUGUCGGCUCAUUCUCCCACUCCUCAGACGUGUGGAUGUUUGGCGUUACCCUGUGGGAGAUGUUUACCUACUGCGAGGAGCCAUGGUUCGGUCUUUCAGGCAGACAGAUUUUGUUUCGUGUGGAGCGGGAGGGCGAGCGCCUGGAGAAACCGCCGGAUUGCCCCCAGGAAUUGUACGCCGUGAUGAGGAAGUGCUGGGCGUGCAAUCCUGCUGACAGACCCAGCUUCUCCCAGCUCUGCACACUGGUGGCUGAGGCUAAACCAAUGGAGGGACAAGCCACAAGAGACUUUGCUGAACCCAGGAAACUUGCACUUGCAGCCAAUGACCUUGUGACUAUGGUUGACCACGGACUGGAGCUGAGUGAGUGGAGGGGCCAGAACCAGAGGACACUGACAGUCGGCUGGUUUCCCGCGGGCCUCGUCAUGCCGACACUCCCUUCUGCUCCGAACACUUCCAACAACUCCGGGCCCAACCCGGCUCCCAGUACAGUUUACAUCUCGCCCCCGCUGAAGGGCAGCCUGCAGCACACCGGGCACGGAGACAUCAAACCUGAGCGCUGCUGGGGAGCACCUAACAGCAUUGACGAGGGAGACUAUAGACCGCACCCUGCCAAGGCGAAGGACGGCUCCAAUCUGCAGAAAAUGACAGGUAUGUCUCGGAGCCUGGAGUCAGUUUUGAGCGGACACCGGCCCCGGGCUCACACGGUUGGGGCAGUGUGCAGAGUGGAUCAGCAAGGCAGACUCAUGCCGCCUGUGAUAACAGCUGGCAGUAUGGUGAUGCAAGACCCUCGCCGGUUCAGCGAGGCCAGUAUCGCCCCGCCACCACGGCCGCCACCCCCCAACCCGAAACGCUUGAACAUGAAACCCCAGAGGAGGCCCACAAUCCACCCGAUGCCGGGUAGUCCCUGGCCUCCACAUCCUAUCCAUGUCGGGCCCCCUCUAGCGCCUUUUCCACUGCCUCAACCUCAAGCCCAUCACCCACCUCCGCAGGGCGCUGGAGGAUCCAACUUGGCUAAAAUGACCCACAUGGCACGCUCGACCCCACAGCUGGAGGACUACACGGACAACAGAGAAAGGGAUCGAGAGAGGGAUCGAGUCCGGGAUAAGUCACCUCAAGUGCACAACAUGAGAGACAGUCUCAUCGCACAGGUGAUGGAGGCAGUUCAUGGAGUGACGAUUGACGAGGUUCACACUGCACUUCAGCGUAGUGACUGGAACCCAGUGCGAGCUGAGCAACAACUCAAGCUCGAUCAGCUGUACUCGCUGAGCCUCUGCUCCAAAGAGGACUGUCUGAGGAUCCUCUCCAGGUACCAGUGGAACCUGCAGCUGGCCAGCCGCUAUCUGAUCCGAUGGUCACGGGACAGCGGGAGUGGCUCUGGCGAGAGGGAGCGACCUGCUAGCACGGAAAGACGAGUCUGAAGCGAUUGUCUGGCUGAUUUUACGAAGCAUCUGCAACAAAUGUUGCACUGGAAGCUGCCCAAUACAACUUUGAUUGACCGCCUUGAUAUUGGAACAGAGGGGAGUACAGCGUGUAUAAUAAAAGUAGAGAAGGGAAGAUGUUUUAAUGUAAAAAGAAAUAUUUUGAAAAAGGAGUUUAGCAAAGACUGUUUCUGACUA